AAACAAAAAAAGGUGAAGAAAUGAUUGUAUUUAUUUCUUUCAAAUUAGAAUUAAUUUCAGAAAUGAAGCAGCUUUAAUGGAGGGCAAGAAGGUGAAUAUAAUCGCCUUCAUCUCUGUUAUCAUUCUCACCAUCGUCAUCAUCAUCUCUCGUAUCUACCUACAACUAUCCAAACCUUUUUAUCUAAUUACCGGCGCCGGAGGAGCCGCAAUCUUUUCAAUUAUCUCCAUCGUCAUUUUCCGUCAUCGCUUCAAUAAUCGCCGGCGAUUGCUCGAAACCCAAUUAAUCUCAGAAGGUAGAGAAUUAAGAAUUGAGUACAGUUUUCUCAGAAAAGUCGCCGGCGUUCCAACUAAAUUCCGGUACAGAGAACUCGAAGAAGCCACAGAUGGGUUUCAAAUUCAAUCAAUCAUCGGCCAAGGAGCUUCCGGCUCUGUUUUCCAAGGUAUCCUCCUCGACGGAACUUCCGUCGCCGUCAAAAGAAUUGAAGGAGAAAAGAGAGGAGAAGCAGAAUUCAAGUCCGAGGUUUCCGCCAUUGCCAGUGUCCAGCACAAGAACCUCGUCCGUCUCCUCGGCUACUGUAUAGUACCCACCGGCCCAAGAUUCCUCGUUUAUGAUUUCAUCCCCAACGGAUCUCUCGACAACUGGAUCUUCAUUAAAAACCAUACCAAUAACAACUUCCACAGCCGCCGCAGCGGUUGUCUCUCUUGGGAUCUACGACGGCGCGUUGCAGCUGACGUGGCGAGAGCUCUGUGUUAUCUCCACCAUGACUGCCGGAAAAAAAUCCUUCAUCUUGACGUAAAACCGGAAAACAUCCUCCUUGACGACGGUUAUCGUGGUCUGGUUGCAGAUUUCGGGCUGUCGAAACUAAUGGGUAGAGAUGAAAGCAGAGUAGUAACAACUGUAAGAGGAACCAGAGGAUAUUUAGCUCCGGAAUGGUUAUUAGAACAUGGGGCGUCAGAAAAAUCAGACAUUUACAGUUAUGGGAUGGUUUUAUUAGAAAUAAUCGGAGGAAGGAGAAACGUUUGCGUGAUUGAUGACAACGGGCCAGACAAAUCGACGAGGAAAUUUCAGUAUUUUCCUAAGUUGGUAUAUGAGAAGAUGAAACAGGGGAAGUUAAUGGAGAUUGUUGAUGAGAGAUUGGAGAUGGGAGAGAUUGACGAGAGAGAAGUUAGGAGAUUGAUUCAUGUUGCGUUUUGGUGUAUUCAAGAGAAUGCUAGUUUGAGACCUAGUAUGGCUGAGGUUGUGGAAAUGUUGGAUGGUCGGGUGCCGGUGGAGGAGCCGCCGGAGACACAGAUGAUCGUGGUUGACCUUUUAUGUAUAGAUGAUGAUUUGGAGGAGAGAGGUUGUCGGCCGAGAAUUGGGGCGGUGACGGCGUGUCCGACGACGGAGAGUCAGAUGUCUUCAACUAUCUCAUUUGGGUUGUCGGUGAUAUCAGGCAGGUAGGAGCCGCCGGCCGCCGGCCGGAGCUUCUUUUACAUUGUUAUUUAAGUGUGUAGAUUUUGGCAAUUAAUUGUUUUUGCUAAUUAUGUUGAUUUUAAUAGCUUGAGAAUUUGUGAAAUGUUAUUAUUGUUUAUAUUUGGUAUAUAUAUAUAUAAGAUUGAAGGA